AUGAUCUCCGAGUCCACCCCUGUUGCUGAUCUUGGGUCUACGACUUUGGUUGCAUCGUCUGGUAUUUCCGCAGCAACGUCAACUGAGGUCACCAGUACAGCGGUGUCUGAGCCAUCCAUCUCAACAUCAGCUGAAUUGACAACUUCGAUCGAUGCUUCAGUCACGACGAUAGAGUCUACUGGGACUACGGAGCCUACCACGGCUACAGAGUCUACCACUGACUCCGCGGUAUCUUCGACGCAGAUCUCUACUGAUACAACCCUGGAGGCAAUAACGACGACUACCACCGAAUGGCCAACUUCCACGACAAUUAUUGAAGAAGUCUCUACAACAACCGCUCUCCUGCCUAUUCCGACUCUGUUCACGUUGACUGCUCAAGGCGGUACAGCAGAUGGCCAAGUUAUUCAUGGCAAUGGCCUGCCAGAGUAUUCUUUGUGGAUAGGUGCUUUCUUGACUUGGCCAACUGGUUACUUCAAAUACGAAGAGGGUACUGGUUAUGUAUCAGUUAAUGGGAACCCUUUAUGCACUAUUUCCUACCAGGGCAACUUUGACUUUGUCUCAGUCAUAGUCUGUCCAACUACGCUAUCAUUCUGGCACGCGCCCUUGGUCUGUGAUCGACCGACUGAUGGCAGCCUCAAGUGUAGCGUGGCUACAAAGUUCUAUAACUGCGUCUAUGGGAGCGGUGGAACUAAAACUUGCACGACUACAGAUGUUUCUCUCAGUACUAUGUAUUCUUCUGCGCCUCUAUACGCGUCAAGCGGAACCUAUUAUCAGCUUAGGUUUGCUGCUGCUGACUGGGCUCAUGAUAGUACCGUAAAUCCAAUUGGUCUGGUGGUCUCGCCUGUGUAG